CUCACGUCUGUCCUCGCCACUGCGCGCACUUUCGGAUCGCGACGAUACGGUUAUAUUACCUGCGCCUGUCUAUCUCCAUGUCGUAUACAUUCCCAGGAGAUCUAUCCCGUUUGCUGUUUUUCGCUACGGCCUGUAUGCGCUGGCCAGAACGUUGAAAUAUCACGACCGCAUCGCUCUAUCCUAUAUCCACCCUCCCGAACAAAACAACCCUUCACAAUCGCCGCGAGACAAUCUACAGAAUUCACAUAGACCUGGCUGGAGUUAUGAGCGACCAAGACCUUUGGGACCGUUAUAACCGCCAGUCUAGUAGUCCAUGGACGAGUGAAUGGUUCACCGGAGACUUCUCCAAUAUAACAAUCGGGUCAUGCCUCGCUGGGCUUUUGACAGGCGCAUUCAUCAUUUUUAAAACACUAGAGAUACUUGGGUAUCCUGUCUGGUUGUGGCUACACUGGGCAAUGGCGGCGAUCUCAAAUACUUUCUCAAGUACUAGCAGUAACGGAACUGCUAGUGGCGAUACGCAAGACUCAAAUAUGCAGAACGGCAGCGCGAAAGUCUUCGGCAGUGUAUUUGGGCUGAGCAACGGACUUAUCGGAAAAGGUGUAAGAGGCGUCACCGGUGCGCUCUCUAAGAGCUACACCAGCGACGUGCCCGCGGGUUUGGGCAACUGGGAUAAUUCUUGUUAUCAGAACAGCGUGAUUCAAGGCAUGGCUUCGCUACCUUCUUUACGCGAAUACCUCCACAAGACAACAGCUCAGUACCGCAGCCUUGACAAGGAGACUACUAAUGGGGCGCUCUAUGAUAUGAUCAACAAUCUUAAUAACCCAGAGCAUCGAGGUCAACACUUUUGGAUCCGGGGGAAACUGAAAUCGAUGAAUACUUGGCAACAGCAAGACGCACAGGAAUAUUUCUCGAAAUUGUUGGAUGAGCUGGAUAAAGAGGUACAGAAAGCGACCACACAAAAACGAGAGACCAGCGCUUCGUGGGUGCUCAACGUGAAGAGGCUAGCUGGCCUAUCUUCAACAGCACAAAAGGACGACACAGAAGAGGAGGAUGAGGAAAACGAGGAGGGCGAGCCGGAGGAUGUUAAGGCUGAAGAGGAGGAUUCUGUACCGCCCAAGCCCCCACAGGUCACGCCCAAUCCCCUCGACGGCCUCCUUGCUCAACGUGUUGGGUGCAUAAACUGUGGAUAUACUGAAGGAUUGUCCAUGAUCCCGUUCAACUGCAUCACGGUUCCCCUAGGAAGUGGCAGAUCUCAUUAUUACGACGUCCGAGAGUGCCUAGACGAGUAUACCAAGCUAGAGUACAUCGAGGGCGUUGAAUGCGCCAAAUGUACCUUGCUCAAGGUGCACGACACCUUGACCAAAUUGGCACCAGUACCGGAUUCUCCCUUUGCAGAGCGUCUUCGCGCUGUGCAGGAAGCACUCGAUGAAGAAGAUUUCGAAGAUAAAACACUGAAGGCUUGUGGCAUCGCCAAAAAGAAUUGGAGUCAGACUACGAAGUCGCGCCAAGCUGUUAUUUCAAGGGCUCCAAAGGCUGUUGUACUCCAUGUGAAUCGAAGCAUAUUUGACGAGAUGACUGGAGCACAAUUGAAGAAUAGUGCCCCUGUGCAGUACCCACAAGUAUUGGAUCUCGGGCACUGGUGCUUGGGCAGUCAACUGCCCGAGUCACCAACCCCCAGUGAUGUCGCUGAAGAGCGAUGGCCAAAAGAUCCCAAUGUUUCCAUGCUCGGAGAACUAGCCGUUGAUCCUGAAACGAAAACUCUAUCACCUUUCCAGUACAAGUUGCGAGCAGUGGUCACCCAUUUCGGAAGCCACGGGAACGGCCACUACGUGUGUUUCCGUCAACACACAAGUUACAAGAACGAAGUCUCAACAGAUGGCGAAAUUCCAAUAGAGUCCUCGCCUGACGAGCAGUGGUGGCGGUUUAGUGACGAGAAUGUUUACAGAGUUUCAGAGGAUGCCGCCCUACACCAGGGUGGCGUCUUCAUGCUAUUCUAUGAACGCAUCGAUGUGGAGGUCAGCUCCUUACCGAGUCACAAAGAAGCAAAUUCGGCCCCUGUCAGCCUGCCCGAAGAAUCGACAGGGACAAGCAUUGCGCUAUCCAACGCAGAGGCAAUUGCAUCGAGCAUAGAAACGGCCGCAGAAGUUGAAGAACCCGAAGGUAUAUCUGAGAAUCACCCACUCUCUCCACCGGCGUCACCAAAUCUUACGCCUAGUGAUUCACCGACCAAACUUACUAAGAUGGAUCGUUGUCUCGAGGAGAACAAUGGUGCUAGAAGUGCCUAUCUUACACCACCACCUGAAAGCGUGGCUUGUGACAGCGAAUUAGAUGCGGACACACCUAAAACUAUCGAUGAUGGGUCUACCAAAGUCCCAUCUAUACGAACGCCAACAGAUGAUGAGCAGACACGUGUAGAUAUGGUGACUGAAACUCGUGAAGAGGUGCUGUCAUCUGUUCAAACGCAAUCACCGAGCCCUCAAAAGAUGCGAACAGCCGGUAGCACAUCCAAUCGGACGAAUGAUAACAGAUCAAGCUUGCCCAUGGUUAGCGUAUGAAGAUGGACCGAGAUUACGGGAUGCAUCUAUACGGCGUUUAUUGUUUCUUACACGCAUGGAAUGGAGUAUCUCGUGAGCAUCCUAGGCGCCUUCUAUCGCCGACACGGAUAGCAUUUUUCUAUGCCAUUUUUAUUGCAGCAUAAUUUAGCAAAUACCUAGACUAACAAUUCAAUUACAAAUGCCACGUCCAUAUAUGUAAC